GUUUUUUUAAAUACAUGAAAACUUUGCAUUGUACAGGAACUUGAAGCUAUUAAAGCGAGAGUAAGGGAAAUGGAAGAAGAAGCAGAAAAAUUGAAAGAGAUGCAAAAUGAAGUUGAAAAGCAGAUGAGUAUGGCAUCACCUGUGGUUAGUCCAGUUGCUCUGCCCAUGUCACCUGAAGAUAAAGUAGAUGUCGACAAUCGUUCAAUAUAUAUUGGAAAUGUUGAUUACUCAGCAACAGCAGAGGAGUUAGAAGCACAUUUUCACGGAUGUGGCUCAAUAAAUAGGGUUACAAUUCUGUGUAAUAAGUUUACUGGCCAUCCUAAAGGGUUUGCUUACAUCGAAUUUGCGGACAAGGAUUCUGUGAGUACUGCUGUAGCUUUAGACGACAGCUUAUUCAAAGGAAGGCAAAUUAAGGUGAAUCCAAAGCGAACAAAUCGACCAGGAAUAUCUACCACAGACAGACCACCAAGAAGACGUGGUACAAGGCGCGGAAGUUAUUCUGGUUAUAAUCCAUUUUUUUCUGGGUAUACACCAAAACGACGGCCUGGAUAUAGAGGCAGGCGUUACCGUUAUUCCCCAUAUUAAGACAGUAUGAUUGACAGUGAAAAGAAAUAAAAAGAACAAGCUGUGAAUGGGGUAAAAGAAGAAAAAAAAGAUAAAAAAUGUACCACAUUGAUGAAAAAUACAUUUUGAUCUUAAAACAUUAAGGCUACUGGGAAAAAAUAACAAAAACUCUACAAGAAAAUUCAUGUUGACUUUAUGCAGUAGCUUCACAGAAAAUUUGCCAAAGUUUUCAUUCAUGCAAUUCAACAAAUUCUGCAUGUGAAAAAACCUCUUUGUUAUUUAAAUGUUUAUUGAAGUUCCAUCAACUUUUAUAUGAUUACCAAUCAUUUUAAUUUUUUUUAUAAAAAUAAUUUUAUUGGAAUGCUUAUUCAAAUUCGGAAGGGGUCUCUUUGUUUGUUGCUGCUGUUUUUUUCUCUUCACAGGUUACCUAGCAACAUCAGGAGAUUCAGGAUUUUAUAAUUUGAUGAUGGGGCAUAAUGGGAUAUUUAAAAAAAAAAAAAAAGAAAAAGAAAAUGCCUUAUUCAUAAGAAAAAAAAAUAUGGGGAAAGAAUGAAAAAAAAGGCAAAAAAAAAAAA